ACAGAUAUUAGUAAUGUCAGUGCUUCUGAUGGUUUCGCCCUGACUUAUACUCGCAUUAACCUUGGCACUAGUGCUGGCGUUCAUUCUGAUGCACCGACUGGUUCCGGUAUUGAGGGGUGUGUCGCGAUAUAG